AUGAUGCCCCAGCCGCAGCCCGGCGUCGCCGCGCCGCAGUGGGGCGCCAUCCCACCGCCCAUGCCGCCGCACCAGCUCCCGCCCCCGCAGAUGUGGGGCCAGCCGCUGCAGCCCCAGCAGGUCGCGUAUGGGCAGGCGCAGCCGCCUCCCCAGGCCGCGUACUACGGCCGGCCGGCUGUCCCGACGCAGGCGCCCGCUGGGCCCAACGAGGUCAGGACACUCUGGAUAGGGGAUCUGCAGUACUGGAUGGACGAGAACUACGUCUACAAUUGCUUCGCGAGCACCGGCGAGGUGCAAUCUGUGAAGCUGAUUCGUGACAAGCAGACUGGACAACUUCAAGGUUAUGGCUUCAUUGAAUUCACAAGCCAUGCUGGCGCUGAAAGAGCUCUUCAGACAUUCAACGGGGCAAUGAUGCCAAAUGUUGAGAUGGCAUACAGAUUGAACUGGGCGACUGCUGGUGAAAAACGUGAUGAUGGCGCUGAUUACACAAUAUUUGUUGGUGAUUUGGCUGCUGAUGUCACAGACUACGUAUUGCAAGAGACAUUUAGGGUACAGUACCCCUCGGUUAAGGGUGCAAAAGUUGUAACGGAUAAACUGACAAUGCGCCCAAAGGGCUAUGGCUUUGUGAAAUUUGGUGAUCCUACAGAGCAAACUCGUGCAAUGACUGAAAUGAAUGGGAUGCUCUGUUCUUCGAGGCCCAUGCGUAUUGGACCAGCUGCAAAUAAGCAAAAAGCAACUGGAGUUCAAGAGAAAGUACCAAGUUCUCAGGGGGUUCAGACUGACAAUGAUCCUAGCAAUUCCACUGUAUUUGUUGGUGGCCUUGAGCCCAACACCACUGAGGAUGUGUUAAAACAACUUUUCACUCCAUAUGGAGAAGUCGUCCAUGUUAAGAUACCUGUUGGCAAAAGAUGUGGUUUUGUUCAAUAUGCUAGCAGAUCCUCUGCAGAGGAAGCCCUGCUAAUGCUGCAAGGUACCAUGAUUGGAGGGCAGAAUGUGAGGCUUUCAUGGGGUCGGAGCCCUUCAAACAAACAAGUUCAGUCUCAACAGGACUUCAACCAGUGGGGUGGUGCUACUGCUAAUGCUGGCUACUAUGGCUACGGACAAGGCUACGGGGCUUAUGGAUAUGCUAUUCAACCUCAGGACUCUAACAUGUAUGGGUAUGGGAAAUAUGCUGGCUACCCAAACUAUGCACCACAAGUAGCACAACAGCCGCAGCAGGAACCGGUAAAAUCUUCGUUAAUUGUAGAUGCCGUCUGA